CAUUUCUUCAGCAUUUUUCAUUUUUCUUCUCUACAGCUUAAGAAACAUUACGAGAACAUAAGAUCCAGGAGUUUCGCUUCAGACGUGUGUGAGAGCAGGUGAAGACGUGUUCAGGAUGAAAAUAAAAGCGAUAAAAGGGGAGUUUCGGGAAUGUGUCGCGUCUGCAGAACAGUUUUAUUAGCAGCUUUUAAAGUUUCAGCGGGGCGGAAAACAUCUGUUUCCAACUAAACCGACAAUAAUCCGGCGACAGCCGCUCACACGCGACCGGACUGAUGAAAGCCGUCAGACUGAGGGAUGUAACGUGAAACUAUCGACGUUUCUGUGCAGUUUUUAUGUGAGGAAACGCACACUGCAGCAGUUCGCAGUUUGACUCUCGUGGCGCGCGCCCCCCUCCGCUGCAGUGGGCGUGGUCUUCCACGGAUCUGACCAAUAGCGUUGCUGAGCUCGAGUGAUUGACAGAAGACCGGCGGAGCACUAGUAUAAGAUCACCUGUCUGCGCUCAGCGGCGAGGAAGAGGCAUCACGGGAGAGGUCAGAGGUCAUGAUGUCUGCAGUGAGCCUGCUGGCUGCGUUCCUUCUGCUGCUGCCAUGUCAGCUCGAGGCAAAAUCCCUGAUGAAUAUCCUCAAACAGGAAGAUGGUGCUUCAGUCAGUAUCGACUCCAACAAGGCGAAUGAGUUCCUGUCCAGCUCUCGGCCGAGACGCAGCGCUGAUCCACGCUGGCACAGGCAAAGUCCAGAUUUCCAGGCGUAUUACAGAUACUACAGCAGCAUUGGACACACCGAGGGCCUGUACGAGGUCGACAGGAUCCGCAUGCUGUACCAGCAGAUGAGGCACCUGGAGCAGGUCUACGGCCCCAACGCCUCGUACUACCAGAGCAAGCUAGGGGUUCCCCUUCUGCCGCCGCUUCCCAAAUGUGAUCCAGCCAAAGACAAGAACUGCAAGCCAGCUCCGCCCCCAGCCCCGCCUCCAGCUGCCGUCAAAGCCCCCGUGACUCCGCCCAUCACUCAGGCUGACGUCAUCUAUCUGUGCAACAGCAAAGACCCCCAGUGCAAGCCGCACAUCGUGUACAUGCCGAGCGGAGCCGUGCCGGUGCUGUGUGACCCGCGAUAUCACCCCACCUGCAAGCUGGAAGGCCCCGCCCCUUCUCCCGCCCCCUCCAAGAAAUACGAUCCGGCCCCGCCCCCUCCUCCGGCCCCCAUGGUCUUCAAGGGAAUGGAAUUCGACUGCGACCCUUACUGGGACCCCGACUGCCUGAUCGACCACCCGCCGCGGCUCAUCAAAGGCAAAGCUCUGCUGCCGCCGGCGCCCGAGACGGACGAGGACAAGCCGGAGCCGCUGGGGGCCAUCAGUAAGAAACAUCCACACCCGUAUAACGCCCACCUUUAUCCCUACAGCUACGGCUCUGAGCUCUACGACCCGCUCCGACACCCGUACCCCGCGGCCGAGACACCAGACAGAGCUUAGAGCUUCUGAAUUCAUUGUGAUGCAUUCAUUCAUUAUGAUUGAUGUUAAGAAAGUUGAAUAAAACAUGGAGUAGUUUUCA